CUACUCUCUCUCUCUCUCUCUCUCUCUCUCUCUCUCUCGUGUUACCAUUCGGUCCAUUCCUACCCAAAUUCCCUUCAAAGUUCAACCAACCCCUUUUUUUCUCACCUACCCUGCCGGUGCCCGUUUCUUAAAUUAAGUACAGGCCUCAACAUUUGGGGAUUUUGCCAAAUCACCAAAUACAAUGGAUUUCUUGGAAUCCAUGGACACCCAGAUCGCGGGUGUUGCUGUUGCGCUCCUUGCCAUUGCUGUUGCUGCUCUCUACUUCUUCUCCUAUAAUAAGAAACCCAAAGGCUGCUUAGAUCCUGAGAACUUCAAGGAAUUCAAGCUUGUGAAGCGAAGGCAGCUCAGUCAUAAUGUGGCCAAAUUCAGAUUUGAGCUUCCUACUCCCACUUCAGUCUUGGGCCUUCCUAUUGGUCAACAUAUAAGUUGCAGGGGUAAAGAUAGCCAAGGUGACGAGGUUAUUAAACCUUACACCCCUACUACCUUGGAUUCAGAUGUUGGGCAUUUUGAACUAGUCAUAAAGAUGUAUCCCCAAGGUAGAAUGUCUCACCAUUUCCGGGAAAUGCGUGUCGGUGAUUAUCUUGCCGUGAAGGGACCAAAGGGCCGUUUUAGAUAUCAACCAGGUGAAGUGAGAGCAUUUGGAAUGCUUGCUGGAGGUUCUGGCAUUACUCCAAUGUUCCAAGUUGCAAGAGCUAUUUUGGAGAAUCCAAAAGAUAAAACAAAGGUGCAUCUCAUUUAUGCUAAUGUUACAUAUGAGGACAUUCUUGUAAAGGAAGAAUUAGAUGGUCUUGCUGCUAACUAUCCCGACCGUUUCAAGGUUUACUACGUGCUGAAUCAGCCUCCUGAAUCGUGGAAUGGCGGCGUUGGGUUUGUAUCCAAGGAAAUGAUUCAAACACACUGCCCUGCUCCAGGACCUGACAUUCGGAUCCUUAGGUGCGGCCCUCCGCCUAUGAACAAGGCCAUGGCCGCUCACCUUGAGGCUCUCGAAUAUGCACCAGAGAUGCAGUUCCAGUUCUGAUACUCGGGUCAUUUAGUCCUCUAUUCGGGCAUGUUCUGCCCUUUCAUUGAUUUGAGCAAAGCACAGUUUUGAUUUCUGUACGCUGCAUCGAAAGCCUUUAAAGGAACUGUCUGUAUUUUAUGCAGAAGUGUGAACUUUCUUGGGAACAACUUUAUAAUAACUGCAGUUUUAUAAGCUUCAGCUCAGCUCAAGCUUAGCUUGUUGGGCAGAGAACAUUCGGUUAAGUUUGGUUGAAUUCAAGUUUUGUUGGGCUAAAUUGAAGCUUGUUUGAGAUCGGCUCAAAGAAAAAAAACACAAAAAAGAUGAAUUGGCUAGAUUUAGAGAAUGUUGCAGCAGUGAUAUUUUUGCAAUUAUAAUUCAGUGUAAUGGGGUUUUUCCCCUUCUCAGGGCAUCAAUAGAUCAGUUACCCUAUUUUGCAUGAAAAA